AUGAAUGAUAAGGAGCCAGAAUUUACUACUUGGAAAUUUAAAGGACGUGAUGGAACCGAACGUGAACUAUGUAAAGCGAUAGAUUAUAUUUUUUAUAAUCCAGAAGGAUUUACACCUCAGGCUAUUUUACAAUUUCCAAAAAAAGCUGAUAUUGGACCAAAUGCACUGCCAUCGAUUCAUUAUCCAUCAGAUCACCUCGCGCUUGAAGUUAUGUUUAACAUUGAACAAUAA